UUCAUAUAAGAGCACCAAUAGUGUUUCCGUCUCUCUCUUCGCGGAGCUAAAUCUAGGGUUUUUGCUUUCCUCUCGUCUCGCCGGCCGUUUCACCAAUUUCAAAUGGCCAAGAGAACCAAGAAGGUCGGGAUCGUCGGGAAAUACGGCACCCGAUAUGGUGCUAGUUUGAGGAAGCAGAUCAAGAAGAUGGAAGUUAGCCAGCACAGCAAGUACUUCUGCGAGUUCUGCGGAAAGUACGCCGUGAAGAGACAGGCUGUUGGCAUCUGGGGAUGCAAGGACUGUGGCAAAGUGAAGGCCGGCGGUGCUUACACCAUGAACACUGCCAGUGCUGUGACCGUGAGGAGCACCAUCAGAAGGUUGAGGGAGGCAACUGAGAGUUAAAUUUAGUGCAAGUUUGUUUUUUUUGUCAUAUUUCCCACCCUUUGAGUUAUAAUUUCAAUUGAAGUAGUAGCUAGACUUUGAAGAUUUGGUGAGCUUUUUUAGCCACCUAUAUGUACUUGCUUCCAAAUUCCUUUUUUGCUAAAAUUCUUGGAAAUUUAGCAGUCAUUUUGAUUUUA